AGGUGUAGGAAGAGGUGGAUAAGGCACGUAUACGUCAUUCCGUAUGUUGUCACCCAUAGCGGAGUCGCCGCUUAAAGAGCAAGCUGCCGAGCAAGACGAGGAAGGAGAAACGAAGAAUGUGAACCAUUCACGCGACGUCGAGCAUGUAGUGGAAGAGGAUGAAGAAAAUUUGCUGUCAGCCGAUGCUUUGAGAAGGCGGAUCCAGGAAUCUACCCGCUGCGGGAAACCAUUCCGAGGGACUCCGAUGGAAAUGGAGAGCGGGUGUGAAGCCUUACGAACCCCAUCGCCAUGGCUGUCGUCGGCGCCUUAUAUCAGCCUUGGGACGACGUCCAUGCCCUCCUCCGCGCCUGCCGGCCACCUGGGGGCCACGCACUCCCCCUUACCCUCGCGGUCAGCCUCCUCCUCAAGAACAAACCCAUGGAGAAGGCCUUUGGACCUGCUUAUAUCCACCCGAAACAUUGUGGGGCAGAUUUUGAGCUUCUCGAGAGGGGGCAUGGAAUGCCCCCUACCUGUGCUGUAUGACGAGGACCAUCCCGACCCCUUCGUAACGGCCCGCCACCACUACCUGAUCUACCUAUCCCCUCCCCCGCCCUCCUCCUCCCUCGGGCCCUCCCUGCCUUCCUCCUCCUGCCCGCCGCCCCCUGGCGGGCGUUUGUACACAGUCGGGCCACACUGGGCCGGCGUGGUCUUCACAGUCUUCCUCGUCUGCCUCGCAUCUUUCCUCUUCAUUUCCCAUGUCUGCGUCCCCCUCGGCCCCUUCUUCGUCCUUGUCGCCGGUGUCUACACGGGCCUCACCCUUUUGACCCUUCUACGCACCGCCUGUCUCGAUCCGGGCCUCAUCACGCGCUCCGUCCCGCCCUCGUUGCCCCGCCGGAAGUACUGCAGCAUUUGUCGCCUCUACACCGGCCCUACCGCCCGACACUGCGAAGACUGCGGCGUCUGCAUCGAAGGGAUGGACCACCACUGUCCCUGGAUGGGCCACUGCGUGGGGAGUGGCAAUAUGGGGGCUUUCCUCUGCUUCAAUUGCGUCUGGCUCACCUACGUCUUGUUCGUCUUGGCCUGCCUGGCGGCGCAGAGCGGGGUCUUUGGGAACGCGACACGCGUGGAAAACUAG